AUGUUCUCUGAAGAGCUCAAGACCCUACGGCGACUCGGCUUCCGUCAUGUCCUCCUCCAGAUCCUCAACUUCGUCUCCGUCCUCGCCUCGGGCUUGAUGAUCUGGAAAGGGCUCGGGCUCGUCACGAACACAGAGAGCCCUAUCGUCGUCGUUCUUAGUGGCUCGAUGGAGCCUGCAUUCUACCGCGGUGACCUCCUCUUCCUCACCAACCCUUCAGACCAGCUGUAUAAGACGGGCGACAUCACUGUUUACAAGAUUCCGGGCGCAGACAUCCCGAUUGUCCAUCGCGUGCUGGAGACACAUGAUCUGGUUUCAGCACACAAAGGACUCGUGGCGGCAAGUCCCCUCGCGCAACGGCAGCUACUUCUCACAAAGGGCGACAACAACCACAUCGACGACUUGGAACUUUACCAAGGUCUGGAGUGGCUAGAGAGGAAACACAUCGUUGGGAAGGUUCGAGGGUUCCUGCCGUAUGUCGGUUAUGUGACCAUUGCCAUGAAUGACUUCCCACAGCUCAAAUACGCGUUGCUGGGCGGGCUCGGUCUACUAGCGCUCGUCCAGAGGGAGUAG